CGUGUUGACUUUGUUGUUGCCACUGCAAUUGAUUAAACAACAGCGAUUGCCUGGUUCUGGUCUGGUUACCUGGGCCAACUCAAAGUACAGAGACCAAGCAACAGAGUCUUAGCCAACACACAAUGGGCUGCAACACCAGUCAGGAGCUGAAGACAAAGGACGGCGGCGCCAUCGAUGCUGUCAGCAAUGGCGAACCGGAGCCGAGUGCACCGCAAAUGGAGCUGGACGACGGUGGCGACUCCUGCGCGGUGAAAUCCUCCAACAAUCAUACAAAUCACGCAAAAUCAAAUUCAAUUAUCUCCAAUGGCGAUGCCAAGGCGGCAGCCGUCGCUGCCAUCAGCAAAGGAGCCAGCGCGUCAACAAAUGGCGUCGACCGUUCAUGCGAUAAGGCGGAAAUCACAGAAUUCAACGAUGACGUCGAGGAGGAAGAUGAAGAGCCGGAGGUGGAGAUACUAAUACCACAUCACCAUCAUCAUCAUGGCAGCAAGAAAAUCCGUCGAAAUCCUUUGAAAAACUUGGAUCUCGAUUUUAAAUUCGAUGUUAAUUCGUUUUAGCCAGCACUCAAAUUUACCACAACAACAAAACUAU